GACGAAAAAGAUGAAAGCGUAUCAGAUGAUGAAGACAAAUUAUGUGAAACAGAAAAUAAUAGUUAUCGACGAUUAGACGAACUGGAUCUGUAUUUAGCAUUGAAAAUUGAUAAAGACCGUCUGCCAAUAAAUCCACUUGAAUUUUGGCAUGAAAAUCGAAGAACGUAUCCAAUUCUAUCAAAAGUAGCCCGAAAAAUACAUUCCAUACCCGCUACAACGGCCGAAAGGCAAUUUAGCUCUGCUGGGCUUGUCGUAAAGAAGCGGCGAUCAAGUAUAAAUCCAGAGCAAGUUGAUAAUGUUUUAUUAAUUCAAUUAGGUAACCUAAUUACUCGUGAGGACGAAUUUUCUGAUCGUUUACCAACAUCAACAAUAUCAACAUUUAAAGGUUUUAUAUGUUUACAUUAUGCUGUUUUAUUAGAUAAUUUAUCAAUUAUACAAGUUUUAAUUGAACAUCAUGCUGACCCACUACUCGCAAAUGAAGAAGGACAUUUGCCGGCCGUAUAUGCAGGAUCAUCAUCCAAAGAAUGUAAAGAUUUGAUAUUAGAAUAUGAAAAAAGGCAUAAACAUGAAGUAUCAAAAUUGAUUGGAUCACCACCUGACUAUGUCGGAUACGGAGAUGGUGGACAAUUAACUGAUUCAUUAGCAAAAUGUCCAACAGCUGUCGUACUGUUUGAUGAAAUUGAUAAGGCACAUCCAGAGAUUUUGACAAUUAUGUUACAAUUAUUUGAUGAAGGCCGUCUAACAGAUGGUAAAAGUAAAACAGUUGAUGGUAAACAAGCAGUCUAUGUACUAACAUCAAAUUUAGCAUCGGAUGAAAUUGCAGAAUAUCACAAAACGUCAGACAAGCAGAAGAAAUAA